AUGUCGUUGCGGACGAGCAUUGCAGGUGUCGCGGCUUUGGCUGCUCAAGCUCUGGCUGUGGAGCUCACCACUUUCGGUUUCCCGGACUGCGCCAAUGGCCCCCUGAAGGACAACCUAGUCUGUGACAGCUCUGCCUCUCCCCGCGACAGAGCCGCAGCCCUCGUCAAUGAGCUCACUCUCGAGGAGAAGUUCAACAACACCGGCAACACCAGCCCCGGUGUGCCCCGCCUCGGCAUUCCUGCCUACCAAUGGUGGAACGAAGCUCUCCACGGAGUGGCCUUCACUCUCCCUGGCAAGCCCAUGACCGACUCAGGGAACUUUUCUUACGCCACGUCUUUCCCGCAGCCUAUCCUUAUGGGCGCCGCGUUUGAUGACCAGUUGAUUUACGACGUAGCGAGCGUCAUCAGUACCGAGGCAAGGGCCUUCAGCAACGGUGGACGCUCUGGUUUGGACUACUGGACUCCCAAUAUCAACCCCUACAAAGACCCGAGAUGGGGCCGCGGACAAGAAACACCUGGCGAGGACCCCUUCCACCUUGCCAGCUAUGUCCAACACCUCAUCCACGGUCUUGAGGGCAACCAAGACGACCCAUACAAGAAGAUUGUGGCAACUUGCAAGCACUUCACCGGCUACGACCUGGAGAAUUGGAAUGGAAACUUCCGAUACCAGUUCGACGCAAAGAUCAGCAUGCAGGAUAUGGUUGAGUACUACAUGCCUCCUUUCCAGGCAUGUGCCAGGGAGGCCAAGGUUGGAGCCUUUAUGUGUUCCUACAACGCCGUCAACGGUGUGCCGACCUGUGCCGACCCCUGGCUCCUGCAAACGGUGCUGCGCGAACACUGGGGAUGGGAUCAGGAGGACCAGUGGGUUGUCAGUGACUGCGACGCCAUCCAGAACGUCUACCUCCCGCACGAGUGGGGUGCCACUCGCGAGGAAGCCGUCGCGGACUCCCUCAAGGCCGGAACGGAUCUCAACUGCGGCACUUACUACCAGAGAUACCUCCCUGGAGCGUAUGACCAAGGCUUGAUUAACGACACUGACAUCAACAGAGCCUUGACUCGGACAUUCGCCUCCCUCGUCAAGCUCGGAUACUUCGACGCCGCCGAAGACCAGCCUUACCGCCAGAUCGGCUGGUCGGACGUCAACACGCAGCACGCUCAGGACCUGGCGCUCAAGGCCGCUCAGGAGGGCAUCGUUCUCCUCAAGAACGACGGCCUGCUGCCCCUCUCCCUGGAUGGCGUCUCAUCCAUCGCGCUGAUCGGCUCGUGGGCCAACGCCACGGAGCAGAUGCAAGGCAACUACUACGGCAUCCCGCCCUACCUGCACUCGCCCCUGUACGCCGCCCAGCAGCUCGGCGUGACGGUCAACUACGCCGAGGGCGCGAGCCAGGGCAACCCGACGACGGACGACUGGGGCGCAGAGUACGAGGCGGCCGCGAAGUCCGACGUCAUCAUCGUGGUCGGCGGCAUCGACAACGACGUCGAGAGCGAGGAGCUAGACCGCGUCGCCAUCGCGUGGUCGGGGCCACAGCUGGACAUGAUCACGCAGCUGGCGACGUACGGCAAGCCCGUCAUCGUGGUGCAGAUGGGCGCGGGCCAGCUCGACUCGACGCCGCUGGUCGCCAACGCCAACGUCUCGGCGCUGCUCUGGGCCGGCUACCCGGGCCAGGACGGCGGCGUCGCCCUCUUCGACGUCAUCACCGGCGCCGUCGCUCCCGCGGGCCGCCUGCCCGUGACGCAGUACCCGGCGCGCUUCACGCGCGAGGUGCCCAUGACCGACAUGGCGCUGCGGCCGUCCGACACCAGCGCCGGCCGCACCUACAAGUGGUACAACGGCACCGCCGUCUUCCCCUUCGGCUUCGGCCUGCACUACACCAACUUCUCCGCUGAGGUCACGUCGGGCCCCGACGGCAAGUCCUUCGCCAUCGCCGACUUGGUGUCGUCCUGCGGCACCAACAGCACCGCCAAGCUCGACCUCUGCCCCUUCACCUCCCUCGCCGUCGCCGUCACCAACACCGGCGCCGUCGACAGCGACUACGUCGCCCUCGCCUUCCUGACCGGCUCCUUCGGCCCGCUCCCGCGUCCCAAGUCUUCUCUCGUCGCCUACGACCGCCUUCACGGCAUCGCGGCCGGAACUUCCCAAACUGCCGCGCUCAACCUGACGCUCGGCAGCCUCGCGCGCGUCGACGAGAACGGCGACAAGGUCCUGUAUCCCGGUGACUACGCUGUUCUCAUCGACGUCCCCGACCAGCCGCUGGCCAGCGUCAACUUCACGCUGACCGGCGACGACGCGGGAACCGUCAUCGAGUCGUGGCCGCGGCUGCCGACCGAGGGGCGCGAGGCCGCGGGCGUCGAGAACGUGCCGGCGGAUUAUUACGAGGGUGGGUACGGCAGCGUGCAGCAGGAGCAAGAGGUUUUGUGA